GACUUCACCCCUAAUAAAACCCACCCCAUCACUCUUCACUUCCUCCUCAUUCACUCUCUCUCACUUCGAAGCUCACAAACAGUCGUCUCUCUACAACUCUCUCUUUCUCUUCUGAGCAGCAACUGAGUGAGAAGUCCAAAGCCUGUGUUUUUUUUUUUUUUCUUUCUUUCAACUUUCUAUUUAUAGUAAGAAAUCUUUAUCUGGGGCUUAUAAGCCCGGGAACGUUCUCCAACUGAGUUAAUUUUUUCACGAGCAAUGGCAGACCCGCCCAACUCGGAGACCGAGUCAAGCGCUAACUCGUUCUCACGUUCUCCAUCUUCAUCAUCCUCAUCUGGGUUAUUAUUAACAAGCUCAGCUCCGAAAGAGUCUGGGGAGGCAGAGCUGAAACGGCCGAAACGGGCCAGAGACAACAGCAAGCACCCGGUUUACCGGGGGGUCCGAAUGCGGACAUGGGGCAAAUGGGUAUCCGAAAUCCGCGAGCCACGGAAGAAGAAUCGGAUCUGGCUGGGCACGUUCUCGACGCCGGAGAUGGCGGCCCGGGCCCACGACGUGGCGGCACUGAGCAUCAAGGGUAGCUCGGCGAUCCUCAACUUCCCGGAGCUGGCGGGUUCGCUGCCCCGACCCGCUUCAAACUCGCCCCGGGACGUCCAAGCCGCCGCUGCCAAAGCCGCUUCGAUGGAGUUCGAAGUUCCCAAAACGCCGUCGUUCUCGUCAUCCUCAUCGUCCUCGUGUGACGCGUCGACCUCGGAGGAGCUGAGCGAGAUAGUGGAGCUGCCGAGUCUGGGGACGAGUUUCGAAUCAGCCGAGUUGAGCAACGAUUUCGUGUUCAUGGACUCGGUGGAUGGGUGGGUCUAUCCUCCCCCGUGGUAUCACAGCGGCAUUGAUGACUCUGCUUAUUUUAGGGAUCAGAUGUCAAUGACAGACGCAGAGUGUGUGAUUCCAAGUAGCUUUGAGCCUUUAUUGUGGCAAUAUUGACGAACCAACCCAUUUUGUGUGUGCA